UUAAUACCACAGCACACUAGACUAAAAUGUAUACAGUAUUGUUUUCACUCCUUCUGGAAACGACUAAUAAGGGGAAAAAUCUAAAAUAUAAUUUUAGGUUUAGUUCAGUUGGUUCAUAGUAGGCUAUGCCAGUACACUCUCGGAUCUAUAGGCCACAGUGUGAAUACAGACAGUAUUGUUAGUAUAAACAUGUAACAUAAGACUGAGCUUUUUAAUCAGAGUCAUUAAAUAAAUCAAGUCAUUCCUGUAAACUCAGAGUGAACGUUUUAGAAAAUAGGCUGUAUCCUUUAAAUAGCUUUCAACAGCACCAUUAACACAACUGAUCAUUAACAUGAAGCUGGUGUAAUAAAGCAAUGUGUUGUUAACAGUUAUGCAAUGCUCAGUUACGUUGUCUGAUUGUCUUUGUAAAUUUCCAAGACUACCUCACUGAAUACACAAUAUAGACACUAGUAACAAGAUUAUUCUGAAAAUGAUCAAUAAAUGCACAUUUUAAUUUAAAAGAACUGAUUGUGUGUAAUAAAAAGUAAAACUAAGUAUUUUUGUUGGUAUAUAAUAAAACCCUUUGAUGAAGAAUCGCACAUACAUUAUACAAUAUAUUUAUCACAUGCACUCACAUUAAGAGUCAUUGAAUGUUGAUAUCAGCCAGAUAACCAAAACAAAACAUAAACAGUACAUCUUAUGAAUAUUAAUUAAUAUAUAAUAUGAAAUAUUACAACAUUUUAAAAAGUAUAACUGGAUUUACUGAUAAUUGAGAGUCAUGCACCAAAAUCUUUGGCACUCAGUAGAUGAAGUUACCCUAUGAAGUAAGUUUCCAUCCAAGUUAGUUUCCACUGCACAAAUGUGCAUGCAGAGGGCGAGAAUCUCUCUCGCUCUCUCUCUCUCUCUCUCUCACACACACACACACACACAAACACAUACACUGUGGGUGGGUGUGUGAUGGUGAGAUAUUUCUCUCUUUUUUGGUUUGGCAAGGUUUGAAACAGUUCAUUACAAUUAAUCUCAUCAUGAUUUCGUUAUUCAUAGUUUUGCUGAUUAUCCUCAAGUACCAAACUGCUGAAGGUUUGGUUAACCCUGCUCCUAUAGUAUUCAAGGACAUAGGGCAAAAUGUGACCAUCCACAGUCGUGACAAAGAAAUAUCGCUUUAUGACACAUCCGUCAGCUGGUACCAUCUGAGACCGAGUGGAAAGAUGGAGCAAAUAACUAAUUUCUACCCUUACAAGUUAAAGGACGGUCGUUACAGGGGAGUGCUUCGCGUGGACUCUAAGGAUGCGCAUCUAACCGUCUCCAGUGCAACAAUCGGCGACUCCGGACGCAGCUUCGCCGCGGUGUUUUCUGAAAAAGACUUAAAACUGGGUUCCUCCACAGUUGUAGCCGUAAUAGAUCCCAAGAGCCUCCCUGUAAUGCGCGUCUUCCUCGGUUGCACAGGAACCAUUCUAUGUGAAUUGAAAGGCGGGGGUCCACAUUGGAGUGAUCCUCAGUGGGAAACAGAUGAUGCCAAUGACGGGCUGACGUUGUCGGAGGCCAAAGCUAAAACUUUUGUAGAUGAGCACGGCGCAUUCAUACAGUCCUCCAUCCUCUCUUUGAAAGACAGGAUCCAUGGUUUGAACUGUGUAUGUAGGCACAGCACUGGAGUCAUUAUUCGAACACGGGUCAUGCAAGAUAAUGCUGCUUCAGGCAAGGAUCAGUGCCAGCUGCUGCGGUACCUAUUUCCCCUGGCUGUGGUGCUGCUGCUGGUGACUGUGACAGCCAGUGUGCUGUGGGCCUGAAGACGGAGGAAGCAGAGCCCUAUAGCACAGCCAAUUCUGUGACCUGCUCGCUGAUAUUCGCCACAACGGGCAAGGACGUCACACUCCGCUGCCAGUGUUCCAAGAACCGGAACUGUCACGAG